GCCUCUCUCGUCCGGGCCCCGAGCGCCGCCGCCCAAUCGCCGCGGCCGCCUGGCGCUCCAGCCGCGUCCGCCACCCGGAGACACCGGGAGCCGCGCCGCCCGUCGCCAUGCGGUUCCGGUUCGGGGUAGUGGUGCCGCCCGCAGUGGCCGGGGCCGGGCCCGAGCUUCUGGUCGUGGGGUCGCGGCCGGAGCUGGGGCGCUGGGAGCCGCCCGGGGCGGUGCGCCUGAGGCCGGCGGGCACGGCGGCGGGCGCGGGGGCGCUGGCGCUGCAGGAGCCGGGCCUGUGGCUGGGGGAGGUGGAGCUGGCGCCGGAGGAGGCGGCGCAGGACGGGGCGGAGCCGGGCCGCGUGGACACGUUCUGGUACAAGUUCCUGAAGCGGGAGCCGGGAGGAGAGCUCUCGUGGGAAGGCAAUGGGCCUCACCAUGACCGCUGCUGCACUUAUAAUGAAAACAACUUGGUGGAUGGUGUUUAUUGUCUCCCAAUAGGACACUGGAUCGAGGCCACUGGGCACACCAAUGAGAUGAAGCACACAACAGACUUCUAUUUUAAUAUUGCAGGUCACCAAGCCAUGCAUUACUCAAGGAUUCUGCCAAACCUCUGGCUGGGUAGCUGCCCUCGGCAGGUGGAACACGUGACCAUCAAGCUGAAGCACGAGCUGGGUGUCACCGCUGUAAUGAACUUCCAGACCGAGUGGGACAUUGUACAGAACUCCUCGGGCUGUAACCGCUACCCCGAGCCCAUGUCUCCAGACACUAUGAUGAAGCUGUACAAGGAGGAAGGCUUGGCCUACAUCUGGAUGCCGACGCCGGACAUGAGCACCACAGGCCGGGUACAGAUGCUGCCCCAGGCGGUCUGCCUCCUGCACGCGCUGCUUGAGAAUGGACACACCGUGUACGUCCACUGCAAUGCGGGGGUCGGCCGGUCCACGGCGGCCGUGUGCGGCUGGCUCCACUACGUGAUGGGCUGGAAGCUGAGGAAGGUGCAGUACUUCGUCAUGGCCAAAAGGCCGGCCGUGUACAUUGAUGAGGAUGCCUUGGCCCUGGCACAAGAGGACUUCUUUCAGAAAUUUGGGAAGGUGCAUUCUUCCAUUUGCAGUGUGUAGGUGGCCCGUCUGCCUCCCCUCUCUCCCAUUUCCUGUGGAAGCACGGAGCCAUGGGAGUUCAAGAGCCUAGAAACAAAGAUUCCGCUCGAAGAGACUGGCCACUGGCUUUUCCCCCAACCCGCCUCUUUCAGUCUGGGGCCGACUUUCUCCUAUGCUUUGGUAGAGCUGUAUUGUCUUUGAAGUAUUUUACAAAGGAAGCUGUGACCAACACAGGAGAAAUAGCCACAGGCAGUUGGGCCGUGCACUGUAGUUGUAGCAUCAGACAGAGAGGGAAUGCACGCAGGUCUGGCCGCCGGCAAGCAGACCCGCCCCUCGCUUUCCAGAUGCCAUGUUCCUUGUGUUGUGAAUUCGCCACUGCAAUUUCUUGCUGCGUUGUUGAGUGGUGCGCAGAAAAAAAGAUAGGGCGUCAUGUAGAUUUCAUCACUUGUAUGUGUGCAUGUACACACACCCACACCCACCCACCCCCACACACAAACACACGCACACGCAAAUUUUCCACUGAAAUGGUAAAAUGAGAGCUGGUCAAUUGCCAAGAAGGACAUAUGAGUAGAAGCCUGGGCUAUGACAAAUUAAGACCUCAAUGUGACCAAAAUAAGUGGCUUUCUAGACCUCGAUUUUGCAUCCUGCUUCAAAGUCUGUUCCAAGGCAUCACCUUCCUGAGCCCCCCACGACCCCGUGUAACAUCCAAAGUAGAGUUACCACCUCUCUAUUUGUUUGAAUUGAGGUUCAGUGAACACAGAUAGCUUGCUUAAGGGUUUCUUGCUACUCAAGGUUGAGGUGGAGUUUUUUUGAUUCACUGCUUCUUCAACACAGCUUGUUCUGCCAACGAACUCGAGUGAAUUCAGUUUCUCUAUCACAGAGUAAGGUUGCUGUUUCUGCAGCAGUUGUUACCAUGAGAAAUGGAACAGCAUUCUGAUCAGUUGCCAAAGAAUUUAGGAGAGUACUUGUAUUUUGUACGACCUGCUUUAAAACCUGGUGGGCUGUCUCAAGGCCAAAGUGACCUGAGCCAUAGCUCACAAGAGGAGCUAUACACGUGGGGUGAAAGUAGGUUUAUGGUGUGAGUAUGUGGAACAAGCUUAUUCUUGUUUUACUAUUUAUUAAUUAUUGUAUUAUUUUCCAUACGAACAACUGUAAACCUAUUGUGCCUCACCCUGUAUUACCAAUAGAGCUCCCAGAGCCCAGAUCCAUAGGUCGUUGCUCCACAGCUGGGCAGCCACCCUGGUCCACACUCAGUUUAGUACAGUAACAAUACACAGCACACACGCUGUGCUUCCAGAAUGUGCAGCCCACUGCCUCUCCCUAGGUCCUGCUGAAAACUCAGAGACGAAUGAGACUUUGCCUUCAAGAGCUCGUAGCCCAGGAACAGCCCCGUGUUCCAUUUAGUACCACGUAGGAUUGAACUGUGGGUGCCAUGCUAGGUAGGGGAGGGGGAAGUGACUUUUAUUGGGUGCCUCUUACGGGCUAGGUGCUUUACCAUCUUAUCCCUUUUAAUCUUCGCAGUACCCUGUGUGAGAGAGAGGCCUUGUUAUCUCCAUUGUAUAGACCAGGUAACUAAGGCCCAGAGAGGUUAAAGCAACUGGGUAGGACAACAUGGUGACUAAGUAGAGGAAAUGAGUUAUGCAUCUAGGUUUGUCUGAGUCAAAGCCCAUGCUGUUCCUAUUAAACUGCAAUCCUUAUUUGCUUAUUGUGCAAUCCUUAUUAUGAAAUAAAUAUUUCAUAAAUAUUUAUUGAUAGCUAUGAGGGAGUCUGGGACAGACUCCCACCCUUUAGGAAGGGUGGGAAUAAGAAGGAUGCAAGGCGAGACCCACUGGCGUUCAGAGGAGGGAAAGACGCUUUAUAACUGUGGGCCUCAGGGGAGAUGGCAUUUGGCUCAGCAGGGAAGGCUAGACAAGGCACAUUUCUCCUGCAGUUUUACAAAGUUAGAUUUAUAAGCCAAGAUGGACUAAUAUGGAGUCCAGUUCCCUUGAUAAAAAGAACUGGAGGUAACUGUUGUAUUAAAGUCACCCCUUUAUAGUCGUAAUGUGUUGUGUAAAAUUUAAUUUUAAAAAUGAAAUAUUUCUAACCAAUUGUAUAUUUGUGUAUGAAAUUCCUUAAUGUCUAUGAAGCCCAGUUAUGUAAUUUUCACUAAGGGAAAAUCCUUUUUGAAUGAAUUUUUUUUUUUUUUGCUCUGAUGGGCAAAAUCGUUUUAGGGCUAAGAAUAUUUGGGAAUAACUUCCCUUGUCUUCAGUGAUCGGAUUGUCUGGUCUGUUUCAGAGUCACCUGUAAUUUUUCCUCAAUAAAAGAA